AUGACGUAUGGACGAAUACCUUUUAAUGGAUUAAAUUUUCUCAGAUUAUCACAGUUUACAGUUAAAAGUCUAAGGUCUUUGAACUUUGGACAUCUCAGUCGUAGUAAUCUGAUGCAUCUCAUGUUUUUUAUGAAAGUCAACAAAAGAAUAGGCAUUUCUUUGAAUGCCAAUGAACAUCAUAUCUGGAAACAUUUUGAUGAAUUUACUAUGACAGAAUUAGGAAUACUUGCCAUGGCUUUUUUUAAAAAUGAAACUAAAAUUCAAGAUAAACAACGUUUGUUGAAAAUCAUGCAAAAGCUUAAGAAUAAUAUUGACACUGUCAACGACAUAACUUUGAAUGCAUGUUUGAAGAUCUUGAGAUACAGUGUCACUCUAAAUUUAUUGGAACAUUUUACUGAUUUGCUUCUAUCACUAGCAGAUCAAGUACCACAUCGUACUUUGGAAACUAUAACUCAAAUAGCACAUGUACAAGCUAGUUCCAUAGUGCAUAAUAGACAAAUAAUAUUAAAAAUACUCGAGAGAUACAAGCAAGAAAUUGGUCAAGCUAGACUAAAAGACAUAGAAAGAAUAGCAUUUGUAUUAUAUACUUUUAAUUAUGAUCCUGAAACGACACACUUUUACUCAGAUGCUACCAAAGAGCUCUUGAAUCCUAAAAGAGCAGAAGAAAUUAAAAGAUUUCCAAAAUCAGCUGUAUAUACAUUAAUGUACAUUACCCAAGUGAAUUACUAUUCAGAAGAGACCUUAAGUUAUUUUAUGAGUCGGGAAUUCAUUGAAAAAUUAUCUCAGGGUAAUUGGAAUAAAUUAAAUCGAGAAUAUUUAAUUCUUGAUUACUGUUUGGAAAUAGAUCAUCCCGAAUAUCGAGGUCCUAGAAUAGAAAAAAAUUUACUAGAACACCUCAAGGGCACGAGUUACUUUUUAUCCCUCAGAAUCUUUGUUUUAAGCUUAUAG